AUGGAUACCGACACCAACUCCAACUACCCAGAGUCCCCCACAGAGGAGGACGAGGUGUUUUUGUGCAAAGGCUGCGGCGAGGUAUCCGAUUGCAAUCAUUGCCGUGUGUCUACAGCUCGACUGACUCUCACGCUACGCAGNAUUCUAGAACAGGGCGAGCCUUUGAGCUUGGUAAGUCACACACAGCGUCGAGGGGUAGUGCACUUGCUGACAGAGACGUGUAUAGCUGGCCACCGAUGGCACCUUGGCUGCUUCCGAUGCCACUCGUGCGCCACCCUCCUCGACUCGGACGCAAACCUGCUGCUGCUGGGCGAUGGCUCUCUCAUCUGCAACAACUGCACAUACAGCUGCAGCUCCUGCGGCAACAAGAUCGAAGACCUCGCCAUCUUGACCGGCGACCAAGCCUUCUGCGCUACUUGCUUCAAGUGUCGCAACUGCAAGAGGAAGAUCGAAAACCUACGAUAUGCGCGUACCAGCCAGGGCAUCUUCUGCAUGAGCUGCCACGAGAGCUUGAUGGCCAGACGUCGGAAAAAGGCAAAGGCUUCGAAACAGUUGGCUGCUGCAGGGAGCAACCCCAUAGUGCUAGACAAGAGCCUGCCUGCGCUUCCACCAAACGCCGUCUCUCAGAGCGCCCUGCGAGAGCCUUCGCCUUCAGGCUCCUACUCCAGCGACCACCUCAGGGCCAGCCAUGACAGGAAGCGGGAUACAUCGCCCAUGUCUUUGUCUGAUGAUAGCAAGAGAGGCAGCAGCCGUCACUUGUCUCACAUGAGUGUCCCCUCGGACCAGACGCCAGACACUCUUACUCUGCCCGCGAGCACAUACAAGCAAGAGCGCGCUUCGACCAUGUCAUCUAACACCAUGACUUCCAUUUCUGAUGCCGACGACGGUUUCCUUCCCAUGGCCUACGACCCCAACCCUGCCCCUCCGCCUCUGCCACGUCGUGCAAACCCCGAAACCACGCCGAAGAUGUCCGACAACCUCUCUCCUCGAGGUGCCUUCUCCAAAUUCAACAAAGACCGACCGUCAUCGUCACGAUCGGUAUCGACCGAGCGCGAGAGCAUGCGCAGUCCUGGCGUUGGUCACGCCGACAAGAGCCGUCAACAGGGUCUUCGCAAUGUCUCGGGUAGCAGCACACCUGUCACUGCAUCAGCCGUCGCUUCGCCCUCGUCUCUUAAUAGCCAACAACGUCCUCGUCUGCCACAAGCAAACAGCGCUUCCUUCAAUCUGGCNACCCCAGAGCCUUUCAAACUCCAAGACGUGCCCCGCGAUCGUAGAGUGUCGCGCAACAGCCCGCUUGUCGGAAAGAACUCUCCCACCUCCUUGGAUACCCAGCAUCAAGCGAGGCACACUCCAACCGACUCGAACCUAUCCCUAUCGCCAGCCUCUAUAGAUACGCCCAGCUCGAGCAUCAAUCCUUUCGAUGACCCCAAGCUCCGCGAAGCUUCGUCUAGCGCCGGCCCACCAGCUGCAAAGCAUCCCGCCAGAGGUGAUUCCCUGCCACCAACCAUCGACAAGACACAAUCCUCAAGCGUCACCUCUCCCGAAUCUACGCCCGCUCUCAAACAGUCCGAUGCUGCUCACGAACGCAAACAGUCUUCAACCUCUGCCCAAUUCGUCGAUGCCCCAACUCACGCCCGUCCCGAGGCCGAGUCUCACAACACGGGUGAUAUGGGCAUACCGACUGCACCACCCAGAGCUGCCAAUCGUCCUUCUGCCCCAAGCAAGUCUGUUGCCAACGACGAUUUCAUAGCUCCUAGAAUUCCUCCUGCACCUCCUGCGACCGAACGCCCUCGUGCCGAGUCUGUCGGCAACACUCAACAUGAUCACAACCCCGCAGCCUCACCCAAAGGCUGGCGUACACACCUGCCGAAGCAUAGUGCUGGGGAAGCAUUCUCUAUGGAAGAAGAAAUGUCCCGAAUCUUGAGAGGUGAAGAGCAGAAGAGAAAGGAGAAUGAGCAUGCCGGCGUCCUUCGUCGUGUUUCGAACGCAGUGAAGCAUGGCAGAAGCUUCAGCGACAAAUCAAUACCCCUUCAAAAGACACCCACCAUCAGUUCGGCAGACAUCAGCAGCCCUAUCCUCAUUACCAGCCCGAUCUCUUCGCCUGGUCAGAUGGACGUCGCAUCUUUGAGGUCGCAAUUGCGUCGUGCCCAGCAAAAGAUUGCAGAGCUGGAAGCCGAUAAGCUCGGUCUCGAGGAGAAGAUGGACACAUCGGCCGAUAUCAAGCAGGUCAACACUGAACUGCGUGAGAAGCGCUCAACCAUGGCAUUCCUCGACACUCAGCGUGAGAUGGUAGUCCGUGAACUAGAGAUUAUGACCGAGCACCUGACCAGAGCCAAAGAAAGCAACAAGCCUUUGGACAUCAGUCAACUCAAGUCUGAGAUUCUACAGGACUUCGCACACUCUUUGCAAAAGUUGAAAGACAAUCUUGGCUCUCAGAUCGAAGACCUUGUGCACAAGAGAAACGAGCUCACAGACGACAUCUCAAACCUAAUUCAAGUCAAGGACAAGGGCCUGCAGGAGUUCGAAUCUCUGUCUUCGAAGAACCUUCAGCUGGCCGAGUUGAACAAUCAGCUCGUCAGCGGUAUUCAAGAGAUGUACAAGUCCUCAAACGUAAAGAAUGUCAACAUCGAGCGGUCACCCCUCACUAACGGUCUGGGUAUCUACAACGGAUCGAACAGAGGCGACAUGGCCUCGCUUCAUUCCGCAUCGUUGCAAGAAUCUACCAGUCUGCACGACCUCCUACCACAUGCAGCGGAUGCAGAACCAGCCACCGUCCUCACAGCGCCACAGGUGGUCAAUAUCCGCAAAGGACAACCCAAGAAGUUCAACUGGAAGAAGGGCUCAUCCGGUCUUGCUAAGAACGUCACCAAAGGCAUCAAAGGUGCAUUCGCCGGCAACAACGAUCGUGGAGUUCCCAUCAAGGCCGACGGUACCUACGACAUCACCGGUAUGCCAUACUCGCAGAUGCAAGCAGGCCCUGGUGCAGUCAUGGGUGAUCAACCCCUGCAGAGAGCCGGUGAUGCAAAGGGCUUCGGCUUCUUUGGGCAAAAGAACGGUCUCAAGCCAGGGGUCCAGGGUGCUCAUGGAAAGAACGGCAGCAGCUCCAACCUACUUGCCGAGAGUCCUUCUGGUGAGUCUUUGACGAAUAUCUCAUUGCCUAAUCAAUACACUAACGAAUCUUUAGUACUGUUCGGAUCUGAUCUCCGUGAGCGUUGCGACUAUGAGAAACGUGUUCUACCCUCGAUUGUUACGCACUGCGUCGAAGAGGUUGAGAAGCGUGGUAUGGAUAUGGAAGGCAUCUACAGAAAAUCUGGCGGCAGCGGUCAGGUCAAACUUAUUCAGCAAGGCUUCGAAAGAGACGGCACCUACGACAUUGCUGACCCGGAUCUUGACAUCCAUGCUGUCACUAGCGCGCUGAAGCAAUACUUCCGCAAGCUACCGAACCCGCUCAUCACGUACGAGGCCUAUGACCCAUUGCUCGAAGCGGCCCAGAUCACGGACAAGGAAAAGCAGAUUGCCGCCAUCAAGGCUGCAUUAGAGGCUAUGCCACAAGCUCAUCACGACGUGUUGGAGUAUUUGGUACAGCAUCUAUGCCGCGUAGUCAAGCAGGAGUCGGAGAAUUUGGUAAAACAUUUCCUUCCACCAAAUCAUGGCCUCAAGAACUGA